AGCCAUCACGCCACGAAGUCGGUCGGGGAAGGAGAGAGAGAGAGAGAGAGAGAGGGAGGUAGGCAGCAGGUGACUCAGUCAUGACGAAAAUGGACGGCAGUAUCGGACUAGCCUUGGGAGUGUGAGGAUCGCAGCUCCUCUUUGGACUACCUCCCCCCACCUGUUCUCGCCGAAAAAGAUGGACGUAUUUAAGUCAAAUCUCAUCGAGUUAGUGUACUUGUAUCUGAGUAUACUCUGCGUCGUCAAAACUGCUGCCUCACUGGACUGCUUCCAGUGCGACUCCACCCAGGAGAGGUCGUGCGGGGAGGCCCUACCCCAGCACCAUACCCUCUUCGCCGAUUCCUGCGACCACAUCCAGGAGGCGUCCUACUGCGUCAAGAUGACGGGCCUCUUCGAAGUGGGCGGGCUGGAAUGCUAUCAAUGCGACAGCAGCAAAGAUAUCAACUGCCCGGAGUACUUCAAGGAGGGGUAUCACGAAGUCCCCGCGGAUUCGGUCACGUCUCUAGUGCCCAAAUCGUGCGAUCACGUCUUCGAGGCGAGAUAUUGCAUCAAGACGACGGGCAUGUUCGAAGGCGAACUGGGCACCAAGCGCUUCUGCUCUGCCCGUGACUGGGGCAACUACUGCGAGUGGGUGAGGCGCCCUGGGGACGAGAGAGAGUACAGAGCCUGCGUGUUCACCUGUCGAGGGAACUCCUGCAACACAGGUCACAGGGGCGUGACCUUUUCUACGCUUCUUCUCGUCUUCCCCGUGGUCUUCUCCGCCGUGGUGCACAGGGCGUGGUGGUGCCUCGUGUCUUAGGAGGCUGGGCGGAUUUCAGUGUGGACUAAAGUUACGAGUGAUUACAGGAAGGACUAGUACCAUAUUUUGUUUGGUUUCGAGAUUCGCGAAAAAAAAAAACUACUUGACUGUAUUUUUUGAGAUUGAAUUUCGAAACCAACGUCAGCUAAUACCAAAAUGCCGGUUCAAAAGAGUUUUAUGAUUAUGGAUACACUGACGAUCUUGCAUACUUCUUUUGUGCUCCUCUUGACUAUCUAUUAACUGUGAAGUCGAUUGUCUCAGUUCGUCUUUGGUUUAGUUAAGUUUGUUCAAUGUAGACCUAUAUAUCUCACAAGCCCGACUCCGGAUACCAUUUUAAAAGUUCGAAAACUUUCAAAAUUAUCAGCAAACUCUGGCCCACGAGUACAGCAUAAUGACAACAUUGAAAUCGUGAAUGUCCGCAUUUGUGUCAGCGCCUUCACAAAUACGAACAUGCACGACACGAUAUAUAGUAAUUCUAUAUCGUGAUGCACGACAGGUUCGAAUAAACAUGAGUACUAGGACUACUUAGUUUAGUGCAGAUUUUGGCGGGAAUGUGUCCAAAGAUGGCGGGAACCGUGCUUGUGUGAUAAUACUUUAGACGUUGUAACGUAUUGUCCUUACUUUUUUUUUUAUGUAAAGUAGUUUUGAUUAAGGCCAUUUUUGAGUUUUCUCAAAAGAAUCUCGUAGGGUCAAUGUUUAGUGAAAGUUAAACGUUUGUCUAUAUACCCGAUGAUUGUACAGUACGUACAUGUAGGCCUAUGUGUAAAGUAAUUUUGUCCUUUUUUCGGUAAAAUAUAGUUCUAUAGACAUAGAUAAUUGGGCUUACUGAAUGACAGUAAAAUAGUUAUGUAUUUUAGCCUAGUCAUUUUAGGCUAUCGCAUUUCAUUGAUAGGGUACUUCAGGAACUUUACCUCAGCGCAAGAUUAAAUUCCCAGUUUCUUUAACCUUUUUAGAAACAAUAUGUCUUAUAUAUUGUCUGUUUUUCGAGCUUUCUGAUUAUCGUCAGUUGAAAUGCUCUUUGAAAUUGCUCUGCCUUGGUAUUACUGUCCUGUUAAUGUGAUGUCAUUGUUGUAAUGCGAAUAUGAUGUCAUUAUGUAUGUGAAGAUCGAAAGGCGUCUGUUGUUUUUAUUAUUGUUCGUAAUGUGUGUGUGCUCAUUCACGUUGAACAGUCACGUUCUUGCAGUGUGAAACGCUUUGAAUUAUUCAAAGAGCCACUGGUUGAUAAUCAUCUUAUUUAAAAAAAGGAUAAACAGUAUUUUGACCGCUACUCCAGGGUCCAUUAUGUUGCAUUGCAUGUGACAAGAUCACUUCUAGAGAGAACUCCGUUUUCUGUUAUAACUUCUAUCGCAAACUUGCGUGACAUCUAUAGUCCUACCAGUUCUAAGCAGUCCUUUGUAGGCCUAUACCCCAGCAUUUUAGCGUCUGUGGGCCUGCUACCUUCAGUAUCUUUUUUAAAACGUCAAAACCCU